UAACCCUGUUCCGCUGGGAGGGCUGUUCCUUUAAUUCACCAACUGAAAAAGUGGGAAAGGAUGUCUGGAGGCGAGGCGUCCCAUUACGGAGGAAGGAGCGGGCUAUAUAAGCCAGCCAAAGCUGGCUGCUCUGGCCACAACCUGUCUAGUGCCACACGCCAGCCUCUCCCGGGCAGACACGCGGGCACGCCUCUGGUCGGCACAAAGACAGCGUGACUGGGGGGCCGCUGGGGGACUGCACACGAGGGAACCCUGCCGCUGCUCACAGCCAGGUACUUAUUCCUUGGAACUGCGGCAUGCCAGGAUCUAGGUCUCUCCUACUCCUCCGGAAAGAAGAUCAUUUUUAAGAAGAUCAGAGGUGACUGAUUUGGAUUCUGUUCUGUACUUCUAAAUCUGCAAUUCUGCUCAAGUGAUACACCCGAGGACCUUAGAACUCCAGAAACACCCAACUCACCCACCUCCACCAUGGGGGCCAUGACUUGGCUGUUGCCAGGCGUCUUGCUGGCUUUUCUUGCCCUCCCUACUGAAGGUGGUGUACUCAAGAGAGUCAUCCGGCACAAACGACAGAGUGGGGUGAACGUCACCCUGCCAGAGGAGAAUCAGCCAGUGGUUUUUAACCACGUCUACAACAUCAAGCUGCCCGUGGGGUCCCAGUGUUCAGUGGAUCUGGAAUCAGCCAGUGGGGAGAAAGACCUGGCUCCACCAUCUGAGCCCAGUGAGAGCUUCCAGGAACACACAGUGGAUGGGGAAAACCAAAUUGUCUUCACACAUCGCAUCAACAUCCCCCGCAGGGCCUGUGGCUGUGCCGCAGCUCCCGACGUCAAGGAGCUCCUGAGCAGGCUGGAGGAGCUAGAGAGUGUGGUAUCUUCCCUGCGGGAACAGUGCACCAUGGGAGCAGGCUGCUGUCCCCAGGCUGCUGAAGGCCGCCUGGACACCAGACCCUUCUGCAGCGGCAGGGGCAAUUUCAGCACUGAAGGAUGCGGCUGUGUUUGUGAACCUGGCUGGAAAGGACCCAACUGCUCUGAGCCUGAAUGUCCAGGCAACUGUCACCUUCAAGGCCAAUGCAUCGAUGGACAGUGUGUCUGUGAUGAGGGCUUCACUGGUGAGGACUGCAGCCAGCUGGCUUGUCCCAGUGACUGCAAUGACCAGGGGAGGUGUGUGAAUGGGGUCUGCAUCUGUUUUGAAGGCUACACCGGGGCUGACUGCAGCCAAGAGAUCUGCCCAGUGCCCUGCAGCAAGGAGCAUGGCACCUGCGUGGAUGGCCGGUGUGUGUGCCAGGAUGGCUUUGCUGGCGAAGACUGCAAUGAGCCCCUGUGCCUCAACAACUGCUACAACCGAGGGCGGUGCGUGGAGAAUGAGUGUGUGUGCGAUGAGGGCUUUACUGGGGAAGACUGUAGUGAGCUCAUCUGCCCCAAUGACUGCUUCGACCGGGGCCGCUGUGUCAACGGCACCUGCUACUGUGAAGAAGGCUUCACAGGCGAAGACUGUGGCAAACUCACCUGCCCGAAUGACUGCCGUGGCCAGGGCCGCUGCGAGGAGGGGCAGUGCAUAUGUGAUGACGGCUUUGCAGGUGCAGACUGCAGCGAGAAGAGAUGUCCUGCUGAUUGUCACAACCGCGGCCGCUGCAUCAACGGGCAGUGUGAGUGUGAUGAUGGAUUCAAGGGAGCAGACUGUGGGGAACUCAAAUGUCCCAACAGCUGUAGCAGCCGUGGCCGCUGCGUCAACGGACAGUGCGUGUGUGAUGAGGGCUACACUGGGGAGGACUGUGGCCAACAGCGGUGCCCCAGUGACUGUCACAGCCGGGGCCGCUGUGUGCAAGGCAAAUGCAUAUGUGAACAGGGCUUCAAGGGCUAUGAUUGCAGUGAAAUGAGCUGCCCCAAUGAUUGUCACCAGCACGGCCGCUGCGUGAAUGGCAUGUGUGUCUGUGAUGAUGACUACACUGGAGAAGACUGCCGGGAUCGCCGAUGCCCCAGGGACUGCAGCAACAGGGGCCGCUGUGUCGAUGGGCAGUGUGUGUGUGAGGACGGCUUCACUGGCCCCGACUGUGCAGAGCUCUCCUGUCUGAAUGACUGCCAUGGCCAAGGGCGCUGUGUGAACGGGCAGUGUGUGUGCCACGAAGGCUUCGUGGGCAAAGACUGCAAGGAACGAAGGUGUCCCGAUGACUGUCACGGCCAGGGCCGCUGCGAGGACGGCCAGUGCAUCUGCCACGAGGGCUUCACAGGCCUGGACUGUGGGCAGCGCUCCUGCCCCAAUGACUGCAGCAACUGGGGUCAGUGUGUGGCGGGCAGGUGCAUCUGCAAUGAGGGCCACAGCGGGGAAGACUGCUCAGAGGUGUCCCCUCCUAAAGACCUCAUUGUCACAGAAGUGACAGAAGAGACUGUCAACCUGGCCUGGGACAAUGAGAUGCGGGUCACGGAGUACCUCGUUGUGUACACACCCACCCAAGCAGAUGGCCUGGAAAUGCAAUUCCGUGUGCCUGGGGACCAGACAUCUACCACCAUCCGGGAGUUGGAGCCUGGUGUGGAAUACUUCAUUCGUGUCUUUGCCAUCUUGGAGAACAAGAGGAGCAUUCCCGUCAGCGCCAGAGUGGCCACGUACUUGCCUGCCCCUGAAGGCCUAAGAUUCAAAUCUAUCAAGGAGACAUCUGUCGACGUAGAAUGGGACCCUCUGGAUAUUGCUUUUGAAACAUGGGAAAUCAUCUUUCGCAAUAUGAAUAAAGAAGAUGAGGGAGAGAUCACCAAAAGCCUUAGGAGGCCAGAGACCUCUUACCGGCAAACUGGCCUAGCUCCUGGGCAAGACUACGAGAUAUCUCUGCACAUCGUGAAAAACAAUACCCGAGGCCCUGGCCUAAAGAGGGUGACCACCACCCGCUUGGAUGCCCCCAGUCAGAUCGAGGUGAAAGAUGUCACAGACACCACGGCUCUGGUCACCUGGUUCAAGCCCCUGGCUGAGAUUGACGGCAUUGAACUCUCCUACGGCAUCAAAGAUGUACCCGGUGACCGCACCACCAUUGAUCUCACACACGACGAGAACCAGUACUCCAUCGGGAACCUGAAGCCUGACACCAAGUAUGAAGUGUCCCUAAUCUCCCGCAGGGGUGACAUGUCCAGCAACCCGGCCAAAGAGACCUUCACAACAGGCCUGGAUGCUCCCAGGAAUCUCCGACGUGUCUCCCAGACAGAUAACAGCAUCACGCUGGAAUGGCGGAAUGUCAAGGCAGCCAUCGACAGUUACCGAAUUAAGUAUGCUCCCAUCUCUGGAGGCGACCAUGCUGAAGCUGAUGUCUCAAAGAGCCAACAAGGCACAACCAGAACCACUCUCAAAGGUCUGAAGCCAGGAACAGAGUAUGGGAUUGGAGUCUCUGCUGUGAAGGAAGACAAGGAGAGUGACCCAGCAACCAUCAAUGCAGCCACAGAUUUGGAUGCACCCAAGGACCUUCGGGUUUCUGGCACCACUGACAGCAGUCUGACCCUGCUCUGGAGGACACCUUUGGCCAAGUUUGACCGUUACCGCCUCAACUACAGCUCCCCCAUGGGCCAGCCAGCAGAGGUGCUGCUCCCGAGAGAUAGCACCUCCUACAUCCUGACAGGGCUGGAACCAGGACAGGAAUACAGCAUCCUCCUCACAGCAGAGAAGGGCCGACACAAGAGCAAGCCUGCGCAUGUGAAGGCAUCCAUAGAACAAGCCCCUGAACUGGAAAGCCUCACCGUGACUGAGGUUGGCUGGAAUGGCCUCUCACUCAACUGGACCACAGCUGACCAGGCCUACGAGCACUUUGUCAUUCAGGUGCAGGAGGCCAACAAGGUGGAGGCUGCUCAGAACCUCACGGUGCCCGGCAGCCUCCGGGCUGUGGACAUCCCGGGACUCAAGGCUGCCACCCCCUACAGAGUGUCCAUCUAUGGGGUCAUCCAGGGCUAUAGAACACCAGUGCUCUCUGCUGAGGUCUCCACAGGAGAAACUCCCAGCUUGGGAGAGGUCACGGUGGCCGAGGUGGGCUGGGAUGCCCUCAAGCUCAACUGGACUGCUCCAGAGGGGGCCUAUGAGCACUUUUUCAUUCAGGUGCAGGAGGCUGGCACAACAGACGCAGCCCAGAAUGUCACGGUCCCAGGAGAACUGAGGUCCACGGACCUGCCUGGGCUCAAAGCAGCCACUCUCUAUAGCAUCACUAUCCAAGGGGUCACUCGGGACUUCAUCACAACCCCUCUCUCUAUUGAAGUCUUAACAGAGGAGAGUCCAGAGCUGGGAAACCUGACAGUGACCAAGGUUAGCUGGGAUGCUCUCAGACUGGACUGGACCACACCAGAUGGGACCUAUGACCAGUUUGUCAUUCAGGUCCAGGAGGCUGACCAGGUGGAAGAAGCUCGCAAUCUUACAGUUCCUGGCAGCCUGCGCUUUGUGGAAAUCCCAGGCCUCAGGGCUGGAACGCCUUACAAAAUCACCCUGCAUGGCGAGGUCAGGGGCCGAAGCACUCGACCCCUGGCUGCGGAGGUCAUCACAGAGAAGCUCCCCGAGCUGGGAGCAUUAACUGUGACUGAGGUUGCCUGGGACAGCCUCUCACUCAACUGGACCACAGCUGACCAGGCCUACGAGUACUUUGUCAUUCAGGUGCAGGAGGCCAACAAGGUGGAGGCUGCUCAGAACCUCACGGUGCCCGGCAGCCUCCAGGCUGUGGAUAUUCCUGGCCUCAAAGCUGCCACCCCUUACAGAGUGUCCAUCUAUGGGGUCAUCCAGGGCUAUAGAACACCAGUGCUCUCUGCUGAGACCUUCACAGCCAAAGAACCUGAAAUUGGAAACUUAAAUGUUUCUGACAUAACUCCUGAGAGCUUCAAUCUUUCCUGGACAGCUACUGAUGGGAUCUUCGAGACCUUUACCAUUGAAAUUAUUGAUUCCAAUAGGUUGCUGGAGACGCUGGAAUACAAUAUCUCUGGUGCUGAGCGAUCUGCCCACAUCUCAGGGUUAACCCCUAGCACUGAUUUUAUUAUCUACCUCUCUGGCCUUGCUCCCAGCAUCCGGACCAAAACCAUCAGUGCCACAGCUACCACAGUAGCUGAACCUCUCCUUAGCCACCUCACUAUCUCAAAUGUGACCUGGGGCAGUGUGUUCAUCUCAUGGAAAGCUCAGGAGCCUGCCUUUGAUAGUUUUCUUAUAGAAGUUAGUAAUUCUGACCACCCCCAGGAGACGGCGGUAUACUCUGUGCCUGCGGCAUCUCGCAGUUCUGUCAUCACCAACCUCAAAGCUUCUUCUAAUUACACUGCCCACCUUCAUGGGCUGAUUGGCAGGCAACGUGCUCAGACCCUGAUGGUCCAAACAACCACAGAGCCAGAACCACAGUUGGGCACGCUAAUCUUUAGCAAUAUUACUCCUCACAGCUUCAACGUCUCCUGGACCACUCGAGCUGGGCUUUUUGCAAAGAUUGUUAUCAAUGUGAGCGAUGUUCACUUGCUGCACGAGGCCCAGCAAUUCACAGUCUCAGGAGAUGCGCAGCAAGCUCACAUCACAGGCUUGGUGGAGAACACUGGCUAUGACGUUAGUGUGGCAGGGACCACGUGGGCUGGCGACUCCACCAGACCCCUCACUGCCUUUGUCAUUACAGAGGCCCUGCCCCUUCUGGAAAACCUAACCAUUUCCGACAUUAAUCCCUACGGGUUCACAGUUUCCUGGACGGCAUCGGAGCAUGCCUUUGACAGCUUCCUAGUUACGGUGGUGGAUUCUGGGAAGCUGCUGGACCCCCAGGAAUUCACACUUUCAGGAACCCAGAGGAAGCUGGAGCUCAGAGGCCUCAUAACCGGCAUUGGCUAUGAGGUUAUGGUCUCUGGCUUCACCCAAGGGCAUCAAACCAAGCCCUUGAGGGCUGAGGUUGUCACAGAAGCCGAACCAGAAGUGGAUAACCUUCUGGUUUCAGAUGCCACCCCAGAUGGUUUCCGUCUAUCCUGGACAGCUGAUGAAGGGAUGUUUGACAGUUUUGUUCUCAAAAUAAGAGACACCAAAAAGCAGUCUGAGCCACUGGAAAUAAUCCUACCUGCCCUUGAACGUACCAGGGAUGUUACAGGUCUCAGAGAGGCGACUGAAUAUGAAAUCGAACUCUAUGGAAUAAGCAAUGGAAGGCGAUCCCAGCCAGUCAGUGCUAUAGCAACAACAGCCAUGGGCUCUCCAAAGGAAAUCGUUUUCUCAGACAUCACUGAAAACGCAGCCACCGUCAGCUGGAAGGCACCCACCGCUCAGGUGGAGAGCUUCCGGAUCACCUACGUGCCCUUGUCAGGAGGUCCACCCACCACGGUAACUGUGGAUGGCACCGAGACUCAGACCAGGCUGGUGAAACUCAUCCCUGGCAUGGAAUACAUUGUCAACAUCAUCGCCACCAAGGGCUUUGAGGAAAGUGAACCUCUCUCCGGGUCACUCAUCACAGCUCUGGAUGGUCCGUCCAGCCUGGUGACAGCCAACAUCACUGAUUCAGAAGCCUUGGCCAUGUGGCAGCCAGCCAUCGCCGCUGUGGACAGUUACGUCAUCUCCUACACAGGAGAGAGAGCUCCGGAAAUUACCCGCACGGUGUCUGGGAACACGGUGGAGUAUGCUCUGACGGACCUCGAGCCUGCCACGGAAUACACACUCAGAAUCUUUGCGGAGAAAGGUCCCCAGAAAAGCUCCCCCAUCACCACCAAGUUCACAACAGACCUCGAUUCUCCAAGAGACUUGACUGCAACCGAGGUUCAAUCAGAAACUGCCCUCCUCACCUGGCGACCUCCCCGGGCCUCCAUCACUGGUUACCUCUUGCUCUAUGAAUCUGUGGAUGGAACAGUCAAGGAAGUCAUCGUGGGUCCAGAAACCACCUCGUACAGCCUGGCUGACCUAAGCCCAUCCACCCACUACACAGCCAAGGUGCAGGCACUGAACGGGCCUCUGAGGAGCAAGCUGAUCCAGACCAUCUUCACCACAAUUGGACUGCUGUACCCAUUCCCCAGGGACUGCUCUCAGGCAAUGCUGAAUGGAGACACAACAUCUGGCCUGUACACAAUUUACCUGAAUGGUGACAAGGCCCAGGCACUGGAAGUCUACUGUGACAUGACCUCUGAUGGGGGUGGAUGGAUUGUGUUCCUGAGACGCAAAAAUGGCCGUGAGGACUUCUACCGAAACUGGAAGGCCUACGCUGCUGGGUUUGGGGACCGCAGAGAAGAAUUCUGGCUUGGUCUGGACAACCUCAGCAAAAUCACAGCCCAGGGGCAAUAUGAGCUGCGAGUGGACCUGAAAGACCAUGGGGAGACAGCCUUUGCCGUCUACGACAAGUUCAGCGUGGGAGAUGCCAAGACUCGCUAUCGGCUGAGGGUGGAGGGCUACAGUGGGACAGCAGGGGACUCCAUGGCAUACCACAAUGGCAGGUCCUUCUCCACCUUCGACAAGGACACAGACUCAGCCAUCACCAACUGUGCCCUGUCCUACAAGGGGGCUUUCUGGUACAAGAACUGCCACCGUGUCAACCUGAUGGGCAGAUACGGGGACAACAACCACAGUCAGGGGGUUAACUGGUUCCACUGGAAAGGCCACGAAUACUCAAUCCAGUUUGCUGAGAUGAAGCUGAGACCCAGCAACUUCCGGAAUCUCGAAGGCAGGCGCAAACGGGCGUGACUUCCAGGGACAGCUGGGAGAGAGAGGAGUAGAGCCCAGAGAAUGGAAAGAAGUUUACCAAAGCAUCAAUACCGCCGGUCCAACCACCAGGUCAGCCACACUGCGGCCUUUGGCAAGAGUCCCAGCUGACGACGGAGCAUCGAUGCACUGGUAUCACCCACUCUGCGAUUCCUUCCUCCACACCAAAGACCACAGCCUCCAGCAGGUUUCUGUUCUGUUGGUGGAUUCAGCAAGAAUCUGCCAGUGAACAACACAACCGUUUUUACUUCUCUUGGGUGAUUCUGGGAAUGGGAGAGGGGUGGGUUGUACAAUGGUAGUUUAUUUUAGAACAAGCCGUAUUUUACACAAAGCUGUAUAAUUAAUUAUCAUUAUUUUUGUUAGCAAAAAUUAAAUGUGUGUCAUUGGAAGCUGCCACCCCUCCCCCAUCCAUUUUUUUACAUUUCAUACAACAGAAACCAGAAAAGCAAUACUGUUUUGAUUUCAAGGAUAUGAUUAAUAUUAUUAAUAUAAUAAUGAUGAUGGUGAUGCAAACUAAGGAUUUUUAAGGAAAUAUUCCUUUCAAAACACAUCUGGACAGUACCUGGUUGUAUUUUUUUUUUUAAUAAAAGCACAAGUACUUUUGA